AUGGAUUAUGAGGAAACAUUUGCUCCUGUUGUGAAAAUGAAAACUAUUCGCACUUUAAUUGAUGUUGCUUCAAUUUGCCAAUGGAAAAUCGAUCAAAUGGAUGUGAAGAAUGCUUUUUUGAAUGGUGACCUUCAUGAAGAGGUUUAUAUGAUGUCUCCCCUGGUGUUCCUCAUCAACCUGGUGAAGUUUGCAAGCUUCACAAAACUCUUUAUGGUCUCAAAUAAUCACCACGUUCCUGGUUUCAAAACAUUUUCUAUGGUGAUCACUUCGCUUGGCUUUCUUUCUAGUAACCAUGAUUCGACUUUAUUUAUCCAGCGUACAACAGUAGGAUGCAUUCUUCUAUCCGUGUAUGUUGAUGAUAUGAUUAUUACAAGUGAUGAUCAUGAUGGUAUUGAAUCAUUGAAGUCUGAGUUAGCACACUCAUUCGCUAUGAAAGAUUUGGGAAUGCUACAUUAUUUUUUGGGAAUUGAGGUAGCUUAUUCUCCCAAAGGUUAUCUCUUAUCUCAAUCUAAGUACAUUUCUGAUUUGUUUGAGCAUGCUCGACUAACUGACAACCGAAUUGUUAAUACACCCCUUGAGACCAAUGCUAGAUACUCUCUGUCCGAUGGCACUCUUUUGGAGGAUUAUGGUCUUUAUUGUACCAUUGUUGGCAGCUUGGUUUAUCUUACUAUAACUCGCCCAAACAUUGCGCAUGCAGUUCAUGUGGUUAGUCAGUUUUUCACUACCCUUACUACAGUUCAUUGGGCUGCUGUUCUUCGUAUUCUCAAGUAUCUUCGGGGCACUCAAUUUCAUAGUCUCAUAUUUCCUUCCAUGUCUUCAUUAAAGUUACGUGCCUACUCUGAUGCGGAUUGGAUUGGUGAUCCUACGGACCGCAAGUCGACCACUGGAUAUUGUAUUUUCCUCGGUGAUUCUCAUAUUUCAUGGAAGAGAAAGAAACAAGAUGUCAUCUCUCGGUCUUCUACAGAAGCUGAGUAUCAAGCCAUGGCCUCGACUACUUAUGAAAUUGUUUGGUUACGCAGAUUACUUAUUGAUAUGGGUAUUUCUCUUUCUCAUCCUACUCUGCUAUAUUGCGAUAAUCAAAGUGCUAUCCAGAUUGCACAGAAUUAUGUCUUUCAUGAGCGAACCAAACAUAUCGAGAUUGAUUGUCAUGUCACUCGUCAUCAUCUACAAACUCACACCAUCACUUUGUCAUUUGUUCCUUCCUCUUUGCAGAUUGCAGAUUGCUGA